GCAGCCGGACAAGCCUGGAUGCCCCCCGACCCCACAGGAGCCGGCCACCAACCUGGAGAGGCGCCCGGUGCUCAGAGAGCCAGGUGCCCCGAGCUGCGCCCCAGCCACCUGACCCACCGAGGUGCAGGCGCACCCUCCUGACUCCAGUUUCAUGGAUUCCCAGUCCAGCUGUGUGGUGGUGACCGGUUUUGGGCCCUUCCGGCAGCAUCUGGUGAAUUCCAGCUGGGAAGCAGUGAAGGAGCUCUCCAAGCUGGGCCUGGGGAGUGACAGGGAAGUGGAGCUGCGGACUCUUCAGCUGCCUGUGGAUUACAGGGAGGUGAAGCAGAGGGUCACCAGAAUCUGGGAAGAUCUUCAACCGCAACUCGCCGUACACGUGGGCUUGGAUGCCACGGCCAAGGCCAUCGUUCUGGAGCAGUGCGGCAAGAACCGCGGCUACCGGGAUGCCGACAUCCGGGGCUUCCGGCCCGACUGCGGCGUGUGCCUUCCGCAUGGCCCGGAAGUGAUCACCUCGCGGGUCAGCAUGAAGACGGUCAGCAGGCGCGUGGCUGUGGAGGGUGUGGAGGUGGCGUUUUCCCGGGAUGCAGGCAGAUAUGUCUGCGAUUACACCUACUACCUGUCUUUGCAUCAUGGAAAUGGGUGUGCGGCGCUUGUCCACGUCCCUCCACUAUCUCGUUGGCUCCCCGCCAGUCUGCUGGGAAAAGCCCUGCAAGUCAUCAUCCAGGAAAUGCUGGAGGAGCUGAGAAAGCCCGAGCUCAAAGCCUGGUUCGCAGAAAACUCAACCUUGGUGAUUCCAGCCAAGGGGAACCUAUUGGGGGACUGCUCCUUUAGAGAAAAUGAAAUGUUUCAAUUCUGUGUGCAGAGUUCAACUGUGCUUUGAGAGGCUUUUUAAAAAAUUGCUUGUAAAACAGUUUACACAGAGAAAAAAAUUGUGAAUUAGCCCAACGAAAUCAAGAAGGGUUAUUUUAUUGUCAGAAGAGAGAAGAACACUCUGAAAGGCAGACAUUUCACAAGGGAUUAACUAGCUUCAGUUAUGGUUUUCAAGACAAUAAAAUGAAAUCCUAGUAAUUUUUCUUUUUUAUCUUAAAAGACCAUGCAGCGGGCCUGUGUGGUCCUGCCCAGAUUGCAGGAACCACGGACCUGUUCUGCAGAGCCCCAUGUGUUGAGUCGAUCCAUGCUCAGCUGGCCAUGGGGAAACACAUAUGUAGCUACCACUCGAGCGCCCCAUUCCUGGCCUCCGAGCUCUGGCAUGCAGGUGCUGUGGACAGCUUCUGAGCCACUGAG